UCCCUUAGAACCCCUUCACAGAAAGGAGAGGGAUUGAAAUGAAGUUAAAUUGUUGUUUGGGUCAUUAAUUGACUCUGUUUUUUGGGGAGGGGGAAGUCUCAAUCUCUAAUGGCUAUCCCAACAAAUUAGCAAGGAAAUCAGGCAUGGCAGUACUUUCUCAUACACAAAAAAACUCUAAAAAUAGGAUUCUCCUCAACAAAUUCACAUCUCCCAGAUCGUUUCCAACGCCUUCUUCGAUCUUCCUGGCGGUUCAGAUUUCACUCUUUACAUGCCUUUCACUUCUCAACUUCCCAUCUACUUCACCAAUACUUUUUUUUUUUUUCCCAUUUUUUCACAAUUUGAUGCAAACCCUUUGUUAAUUUUCUCUACUUGAAUCUGUUUAUAGAUCCCCCAUUUAGUCCUUUAUUAGUCAACUCAACUCUGAUCUGAAUAUUGGGUCAUUGAGAUUAGAGUUGAUGUUUUUCAAGUGUUAUUUUCCUUGGGAUUUUUUUAAAUUGAUUGAUUUUUGAAUGGGAGAUAGAUUCAUGAUGUCUCCUAAUAGAUCUGAGGGGCAACAUUUUCCCCCUUUGGCUUCACAAAUUAGUUCUUUAUAUAACCUCACUUUCGAUGAGGUUCAAAGCCAACUGGGGAAGAUAGGGAAGCCAUUAAAUGAUAUGAAUUUGGAUGAGUUGUUGAGGAGUUUGAUAGCUGUUGAAGAAGGAGGAUUGGUUCAAAACCCAUCUUCAUUUUCUUCUUCCUCAUCAUCUGCUGCUUCUUUCUUUCUUGGGAACAUCAAUUUAAAUGGCACAUUGAGUAAGAAAACCGUUGAUGAGGUUUGGAAGGAAAUAGUUAAUAACGGCGGUGGCAAUGUCAAUGCGAUGGACAACCGAUUCGUUCAACACCAACUGACGCUCGGCGAGACGACGCUCGAGGAUUUCCUUGUUCGUGCCGGUGUGAUCAAUGGUGGGAUCCAGGAUGGUGUCAUUCAUCCGCAACAGUUCAUGGCAAUCGACCCGAUGGCCGUGGUUUCUCAACAGGCUGAUUGGCUCCAGUUCCAAAUGGCUGCCGUUCAGCAACAACACCAUCACCAUCAGCAGCAACAAAUGACAAUGAUGGAUUCGAAUUUCAAUGUUCCGGAGUCAGUUUAUGAGAACCAAGUUGUAGAUGUUGGGUACCAUGAGAACCAACUGGCUAUUACAAUGCCAAUGCCUGCAAUGUCAGCAACAUCAUCCGAUUCUCAACCAACUGCUGCCAGGAAACACAGAUAUUCAGAUGUGAUGGAGAAGACUAUUGAGAGAAGGCAAAAGAGGAUGAUCAAGAACCGAGAAUCCGCAGCACGGUCCCGGGCAAGGAAGCAGGCUUAUACCAAUCAAUUGGAGCUUGAAGUAGAUCAAUUAAAGAAAAUGAAUAGCUGGCUCAAAAGGCAAAAGGAAGUGGAGAUGGUGUUGUCGGCAAAUACAAAUGAUACGGUGCCAAAGUACCAGCUGCGGCGUACCAGUUCUGCUUCAUUUUAGCAUAUAUGUUCAGGGCCUACGCCAUGUUUUUAAUCAUCAUUAGCUAUUCCAUUUAUUCAUUCUUUGUUUAGGUUCACUUAGAAAUUCUUUUUUUUGAAUUUAUUUAUUUUUUGUUGCACUGAGAUCUUUCUUGAAAUAUUUUACUUUUGACAUUUUAAGGUAUGUUUGUAGGACAUUUUUCAAGGUACGUUUGUAACGAUUCUUUUUUCAUUUUUCUGAAAAUAUUCCUAUUUGAUUUUUGUGUUUC